GUUUACAACGCGACCCCGAAGCCCAUCUACCUGUGGUCCAUCUCCAGCGUCGCGGGCUCCAUGCAAACCAUCUACCCCUACACGCUCUACUACGAGGCCCAAUACUACGACCCAAAGACCGGGAUUGCGAUUAAGAUCACGAAGACACCGGAUGCGCUGUACAACGGCGCCGGCACGUUUAUCUUCGGCUACACGCUGAAUGCGGCGGAGGGGAACAUCUACUAUAGCUUUGGGUCGGUCAACCAGGAGCCGUUU